CGGGAGAGACUUGCCUUGCAGGAGUCGCCCUGAAAGUUGAUUCUCUUUUCCCCGAGACCCACUUUGUCCUCAUCUUCACUACGACCACCGUCGAGGAGACGCCGUGUCAUGCUCGACGUUCCAGUUUAACUUGCAACGCGACACGGUUACGUGCUUACAUUCCAAACUCUAUUAUUCAUAUAAAUAUAUUUUCAAUAUACAAUUGAUAAUUAUUUUUAAACUGCUUCUAGUUUGUAUUAUCAAUAUAUAUUUGAUAUUUUUAAUUUAAACAAACAAUCAAUUAUCAUAGCAAGAACAAAGAAUAAACAAAGUUUGUUUAUUUGUUGUUUUUUGGAGUAAUUGUUUUGAUGAUUAAAAGUGCAUUGAUAAAAUCCAGUGUUUGUAAAUUAUUAAAACUGGUUGGCAGUGGCUGAUAAUUAAAAUUUGAUAAACUGGAAGAACGUGGUGGUAGAUCAAAACGAGUCAGGAUGGCUGAUGAUUCAUUAUCACAAGUUACAAUUCCAAAAGAUCGAAGUGGAACUAUGCAUAGAAUACAAGUUAUCUUGAAAAUUGUUCAAGUGUGUCUUGCAAUACUGAUAGUUGGUAUAUCAAUUGAUCCACCAUUCAAUCAUUUUCAAAGAAUAUUCAAUAAACCACGAGCAACAGUUGGUGAUAUUGCUAUUAUUUAUACAGCAAUUAUUGGCUAUAUGAUCAUCAACAUGCUAUUUUUAAUUGGCCAUGUACUUGGUGAUAGAAUUCCAAAAAAAACGUUAUUAUUAUUCAGUUCAGUUGGUGCUGUUUUACACAUUGUAGCAGCAAGUAUGAUGAUUCACACUUGGAGAAAAGUAACUGGAGAAUAUCACAACAAUGCAAUUCACUCAAGUCAAUUGUAUAAUAAUUUAUUUAUGACAUCAGCAAUAUUGACAUUUUUAAAUGCUGCAUUAUUUGGAGGUGAUGUUGUUUUUACAUUGAGAUAUACGUAGCAAGAUAAAUUGCGACAGUACGAUGAUGAAAAUGAGGAUCAAACAAAUCGUUACUGAUCGCAUUAAUGAUUUUACAAUUAAUAAUAUUCAUAUCAAUAAUAAUAAAAUUAAAAAAGCAAUUAAAUUUAUAUAUGAUGUACAACGCUGUAACCCAAAGUUCAAAUAUCUUAUGGUUAAAUUAAUCCGUCCACCUUUUUAUACAUUCAAUUAAUUAAUUUACUAAUUAAUCAAUUAUUUAUAUGCAUAAUAAUAAUCAACAAUACGUACAACAAUUUUUUCAACAACUAUUUUAUGAUUAUAUCGUCGUAGUGCUUCAAAUUUUUAACAAAAAAAAAUAUGUUGUAAAUAUAAUUAGUAUUAUUUUUAUGUAUUUUAAUUUAUAAAAUUAAGAGAUACUCGAGCCCCGAAAUAAUCCGUCCAUGGAAAUUAUUAAAUUUAUGUAUUAGUAAUUAAUUAGAAAUAACUUUUUUUUUUUUUUUAAUUUUUAAUUUUACUCAUUACAAUUUAAUAAUUUCUAAAAUUUAUAAUAAAAUAUAUUUCUGUAUUUAUUUAAUUAGAAUAAAUUUGUUUGAAAAAAAAAAAGAAAAAAAGUAAAUAAUAAUCUAUUAAUUUUAUUAAAAACAAUUGAUAAACGUUUUUUUUCAUUUGAAAAAUGUUCAAAACGUUAAAUAAUAAUUAUUUUUUCUUAAUUUAUUAUUCUUUAAUUUAUUAAUAAAUAAAUAUAAUGACUUCACGAGCAAGAUCAAAAUAUUCUGAAGAUAAUCAAAGACAAUCAAAUUUACGAAAAAAAAAUACAUUAAAUAAUCAAAAAACUAAUGCAGUAUCAAAUAUGAAUUCAUUAAAUAAACC